CAUUACCAGCUGGGCCUAUGAUGAUGCCAAUGCCGAUUGGGAUGCUUCUAGCUCAACCUGGAUCUAAUGUGAAGGUUUCACCGAUAGUGAGUAGUGAUCCUGAAAUUGUCAAAGCUGUAAAGGGUGUUAUACAUAAAAUGGUUGGGGCGAAUGCUGGACAGAGGAUGUCAUCUACAGAAGUAAAGAAACGCAUGGAAAAAUUGUACGAUUCAGUAAAAGAAGACAUUCCUCCACCUACCAUGCCAUCACCACAAAGAACAACAGAUUCAUCAAAAAAGGACAUACCAGCAAGAGAUUUACCAAUUCCACCACGAAAAUCACCAUCACUGUCAGGCUUUACAUCUUCAGGAAAAAGUGAUGAUGUCUCUUCAACUGUAAUUCAUCUAGUUGUUCACAGGCAUACAAAAUGCAGAGGAUGUAAACAGGCCCCAAUAACAGGCAUCAGAUACUUGUGUUAUAAACACAGAGAUUGCAGCUACUGUGCUUCUUGCAGACGUCAAGGAAAGCAGACAAAUGCUAACUGUAAAUUUUGGAAGAUAGCCGAAAUAAAACAAUGGACAAAAGAAAAUAAAGGUCUGGUUGGUAAAGGGACAUUGCAUCAUGGGAUGCGCUGUAGUGAAUGUGAGGGUCCUAUAGUUGGAGAACUAAGCACAUGUACGACUUGUGAUGACUACAAUCUUUGUGAAAUAUGUGCAGUUACUUGUACCCACAAGAAACAUAGAUUUAUAACAACCAGUGAGCCACAAAAAGCGAUCCCAAGACCAGACAAUGAGAAAAGUCUUGAAAAGCACCCAGGUGUAACCUGCGAUGGAUGCAUGCAUGAUAUAUAUGGUAAACGCUACAAAUGCGCCGAGUGUGAGAACUAUGAUCUAUGCAGCGUCUGUGAAGGUGUGGGACUCCACGAAAAUCAUAAAUUCUUGGUGAUUGACAGACCUGAUGCAAGAGGAUCAACGGCUGAGGGAAUCGGCUAUCAAGUUAUUCGCGAAAUGGUCGAGCAACAGAUGAAACAAAAAGAAGCAGAGAAAAAGGCAGCUGAGAGUGAUGACGAUGGAGUUCGUAAACUUGCAAUGCUGAUGGCUAUGCUUUCGGGCGAUGAGAGCGGAGAUUUUUCAGCUGGGGAUGUUGUUUACAUGACUACAAAUCUGGAAAAAGCAAAGGAAUUACAAGAAGGACACGGCGGUUGGAAUGAUCUUAUGGCUCGUUGCCUUGGGAAAAGAGGAGUUGUAUCGGGAAUAGUGUCUCACGUUCGAAAAGUCAAAUUUGAUGAUGGAAUGGAGUGGUCGAUAAAUCCAGCAUUGUUAUCAAAGAAUCCAGACAAGGGUGCAGCAUCUGGGAAGUUCAACAGGUAUGAUAUAGUGGUGAUCAACUGUGAUGCGCGCACACUGCAACAGAAACAAAUAGGACAUGGUGGGUGUAAUGAGGAAAUGGUAAAGGCUAUUGGUGUGAGAGGAAUUGUGCAUGGGGUAGAUAGUGAUAAUGAUGUUGUUGUGGAGUUCAUUAACAGCGACAAGUGGUGUCUGAAUCCAGAACUUCUGACUAAGGUGGAUACAUCUAAAGAAGAAAUUGAGUCGGGAUCUUUGGUCAUUAUCAUAGAUGACUAUGAAAAAGUUAAACAACUCCAGCAAGGACAUGGCGGUUGGGUUUCAAAGAUGAUCGAGGCCUUGGGACACGCUGCUGUCGUUAAGAGAGUCGCCGGGCAACGUGUUGAGGUAGACUUCAAUGGUAAUGAGUGGGUUUUCAACAAGAAAGCUGUGGUACUCGUAGCAUCAGGAGAAGAAAUGAUCAAAGUGGUGGGCGGUGGCCGAGCCAGGCAAAGGCAAGAACUCCAUGGUAUCGCAGGAAUGCAAGCGUUACAUAUGAUGGCGCAACUGGAAGCCAUGAAACAAGCAGGAGGCUUAGAGGGGAACGUUUGCAUCAUAUCAUAAUAUGGUUGCAAAGUGUGACACUGCCCAUUCGUAGCGUUUGACUAGCUUCUUAAAAGAUAGCUUCGUCUACUUCAUUACUUUAGGACCAACCUCUACGCUCUGGGUAUGCGCACAUAUUUUCUGACAAGCAGAUGUACAUUAAGAUGCAUUGACACGCUGGCAGGAAAUACAUUAAGAGGAGCAAAAAUCGUAAUAUUCAGAAUAUGCAACCCUGAUAUAACCUUAUUGGAUACUCUUACUCUCAUUGCCCCCUUUUCUACCCGUGACGAAGCUGUUAGAGAUUAUACUACACAACCAUCUGUAAGCUUAUAGUUGUAACCUUAA